AUGGGCGGAAUGUACUGGCACGCAGGUGAGUUUCGAAAAGCACGAGUUGAAAAAGCUCAAAUAAUUUCUUUCAGUGGAUGCGUCUUGCCGAGUUUGCGGCGAUCCGAAUGGAAAACGGCACUAUGGUGCUCUGUCGUGCAACGGAUGCAAGGGAUUCUUCAGACGCAGGUGGGUACUGUAGAUAGUUUCAGAGUACGGUAGGUCGUAGAGAACUUAGGGGAAAAGCUAGAGACAUCAGAGCAAACCAACAAGUUCAACAUGGUUUUUCGACUCGAAGCUGAAUAUAUAAUUGGAUUACAUAGUAAUUUUUAGUAGAUACCGGUAGUUGAAGAACCAUGAUAAUUCAUUUCAAUUCAUUUAUUUGAAAUGAAAAUAAUAAAUAAAUGAGUCAGUGUUUUUUGAAGAGUAAUGUACGUUACAGACAGAAUUCAUCAGGUGAAACCUCUCGAGACACCUUGAUACAUUCUCGAGAACUACGAAGGGUUGGAAACCAAUAAAAAGGUCUUUUCCAGUGUCUGGGAGCGUCGUACCUACACGUGCAGCUUCGACGAUAACUGCGUCAUCGAGUACAAAUACCGUAACCGCUGCAGAGCCUGUCGCUUCCGUCGUUGCUUCGAGAUCGGCAUGGACGUCAAUGGUGACAGUAUCUCUUCUUGACCUUCGAAUGAAGGAUCUUGCAGCCGUCCGAAGCGAACGAGCCAAGAAAGACUGCUUCGUCCAUCCCUACCAAGUCAUGAAGUACGAACCGGACUCCAGUGAAGGUUCGUUUUCGUAUCUUUCUUUCAGAGUUUUUCCAAGGGUUGAAAGGAAGUUCAAAAUAUUCAUUAGUUCUUACCCUUAUUCUUCUAGAUUGAAUUUCAGAUUUCAAUCUCUUUUUCAAUUCCAUUUCAACGUGAAAGAGUUCUCGCCUCCUGGAAUCAAUUUUUUUGAAUUUUUGUGUUUAAAGAAAAAUCGUGCAAGUUAAAACUUCCAGAAUCUUCACCUGGCUCAUCAAGUGUCCUGGCCAAUUUUUAAUAAAAUCCCUACAAAAGAAAAACGAUGUUCCUUGUCAGCUUCUUGGUUGUUUCAGACUUUCAAGAGAAAUAUUAUUUUCAACAGCUCACCUUUACCGAUUCCAGAAGCCGAAGACGAGUUUCCUCCGAUCGAGACUGGCCUCUACACCUACACGAACACUCGCGGAAUCCUCAACGAACUUCUCAGGUCGGAAAACCUGGUGAUGAACUGGAUCGACGAAAUCGACGAGAACAAGCCGAUCUUCAAUCUGAUCACCGACUUCGAAAAGGCCAUCAAUACGCCGACGAUCGUCUGUCAGAGGACCAAGGUCUGGGAAGAAGAUUUUGACAGAUGAAAAUGGGAGUUGCAGUUGAACUGGGACCAGCCGAACCGACCUCUGCUGACCGCCGAUUCCUUGCGUUUCAACUGGUGUCGCACCUUCACUCUGACCGUCGAUUGGUUCAACACGCUACCUGAGAUGAAGGUAACUUUGGUCAGAUCUUUGAAUGUCUGGAAUCUCUUCAGGCUCUCUCGCUUGCCUCUAAAAAUUUUAAUAAUUUUAAUCUUGUUUCCUACAGAUUCACAAAAGCAGAAAUGAAAGUAAUAUUGCAGCAACUGAGCAUGGCGGACAAGAUAAUGAUGGUCCGGCAGAACCUGAUGCCGGUCGGAUGGCUUUGGCACGGCUACAAGGCCUGCGAGCUCAAGUCCUCCGGGAUCAUCUUCGUCGACGGCAGCUGGUAUCCCCGUGACAAGCAGAUCCAGAAGAAGAUCCCCGCCACGUGAGCUGCAGCUGCAGUUCCCCCUCAAGUGAAAGUUUCAGGGGCACGUUCAGCUGCAACUUCUACUACUCCACCAUCACCGACGCGUUCAUGCACGAAAUAGUUCACGAGAUGCGGCGAAUCAACGUCGAUGAAACCGAGCUUUGUCUGCUCAAGGCGAUCCUCUACCUGAAACCUGGUCAGUUCUGAAGAUCUCGAAGUGGAGAAAUUGGCAUACUUUCAAUCAUUUUUCUUGAAUCGGUGAUCUAUCAAUCCAAAAAUUUUCAAUAACGUCAGAGUGGUCACUAUAGGGAUGAGGGGAAAAGCCCUUAUAGUGGACGAAAUUGAGCUACCUUAAGCUUUUGCAACCUUUAGUGCCCCUCAGGGUGUGGUAAAGGGCACCUUGAAUGGAAUUGACAGGAUCCCUUGAGGUUACCACUCUAGGAACCACUGAAGUUACUAAGUAAUUCUUUCGGAGGUAAAUUCGUUUACCUUUUCACUCGAAAUUGGUAAAGGACUCGAACUUGCUCUUCAGAACUUUAUCUUUCAUACAUGAAGAUUUUUCGAACUAAUGUGCGAUAUUAGGCCGUUUACCAUUCCUGUGUAAACACGAUAAAUGCUUUUACGAUUUUCUCGCAUUACAAUCCGAGUUCUCUCUCAAAAGAAAGAAACAUUGUCACAUCUCCUGAUUUUUCGAAAUUCCAGAUCAUCGUCUGACCAAAGAAGGCAACGACUUGGUGACUCGAGGCCGCGACAAGUACAAGCGUACUUUGAAUGACUAUCUCAUGCAGAAGUGCUGCAACGACUACAUUGCCUGCGCCGGUCGUCUCUCCAAACUCAUGGCUUUCUUGCCUGUUUCAGAGGUUUUUCAUUGAAAAAAAAAAUUUUCCUGACUCUAGUUUCUUUUUUUUAUUAGUACAAUAAUUCAGAUCUUUUCGUGUUUAAAACCGAUCAAAAUCAUACUUAAUAGGAAUCAAAAUGAAGUUUGAAUUAUUUUCCAAACUUAAAAUAGCUGUUUCAUAACUUUGGAUACCUUCAUGUUUUCCAAAGUCCUUCUACAAAGUUAAUCUGAUUUUUCUGCGUUCAACUUUUUCAUGUCAGCGAUCUCUUGGAACCAAUGAAAACCCAACGUAAACUUUCUUCCAUUUGAAAAUACCUUUCGAAAACUUUAGCGAUAGAAUAAGAUCUUCAAAAAAUUUCCAGAAACUCGGCCGCUUCGAAGACGACAGCGCCGUUCUCUUCUCAAUGCUCCACAAGGACUUUGGCGCCCUUCCAUUCGAAGUUCACUCCAAACACCCGACCAAAAGAAAGCGUCCCGAGGAGCUCCAGUUGGAACUCCAACAACAACUUCUGCACCGACAUCAACUCGCUUUGCAAUAA